AAAUCUGAAAUCCUUUAUUCAAACAAAUUCAAUUAAAAUUCUUACGUUCAAAUCCAUUAAUCCAAACCGGUCGUGGAAUCCUCCGUUGUGCCAAUUCAGAUCUCAAUUCCUUGAAAUAGCUAAUCCUAAUUUAACCUUUUUUUUUUCUCCCUUUUAUAUAUCAGAUAAAAUGUUGCCCAAACCAGCUUAUGACCUGAUGCUGAUAAAUUGGCAUAACUAGAAUUCAAAGCUGAAUAAAUAUUCACAAGCACUUUUCACCACUGCAAGAUGUCAAAUUUACUAGACUAGUUCAGUACUUCCCUUCAAGUGGAAGUGCUCAGGCCUGAAGUCAUCACAAGUCUGAAUCUGUACAACAAAGAAACAAUGGGUCCAAUGUAGUUUAAGUGGCGAGACAAAAAAGGUAGAUCAGACCAUUAAACCCCAAAAACUAACACAAUGGCACUGCCAUCUAAAUGCAGUAACUGCGAUCAACUACCUUAACAUGUGCCCACAAUUAUUAGAACUACCAAAGAACAGCAAUUAACUACAAAAACUACGGUAUUUAAUAGUUGGACCACCUAAAGAGGCUAUGCUGUUGUGCUGAUAAAAAUUACAAGAAAAGCACCUUGAUCAAUACAAAACAUCGUAGCUCGUUGGAAAUUGAUGCAUUGUACUAUAUAUCUGAAGGACUUUCGAGCUACUGUCUGCGAAAGUUAAACUUCUAUUAUCUCAGACAAGUUCUCAAGUACUCUAAAUACCAAUUUGUCCCAGUCACAUCAAUUUACCUCAUUCUUUUGUCAUUCUAACUCUAUUCGAUGGAGUUCAGGGGUGAAGAGAACCCCUGGAAGUUUGUGGAUGGAGAAAGAAGCGAUGUAAACUUACCUAGAGGACUUUCGUUUGACGAUAAUGAAGGUGAUUCUCAGCCCACCUCACCAAGAACAUCUUGUGCAUCUGCAGCAUCAUUCCCUGUUUGGGGGAUGAGUCCUGAGACACCAUGGCCCCGGUCUCCCAUUCACGCCUCUUCACCCCGACCUCUUCAAUAUCAUUGCCUAGCAUCAUUUCAUCGCAAUGAAGGUAACAUUUAUUCUAUAGCAGUCACAAAAGACUUCCUUUUUGCAGGGUCAUCUAGCUGUAGGGUCCAUGCAUGGAAACUCCCAGAUUGCAUAGAAAUGGGUUAUAUCAAAGCUACAACAGGCGAAAUUCAAGCGCUCUUAGCUUGUGGAAAACUGCUUUUCACUACACAUGGUGACUGCAGAAUCCGUGCAUGGGAAAUGCCACCAACAGAAAACUCUAUUCCAAAAAAGAAGAUGACUUUGCCUCAAAGAAGAUCAUUCUUCUCAUACCCUAAGAAGAACAAGCAUCAGCAUAAAGACUGUAUCUCAUGUCUAGCAUAUGACAAGAGGGAGAAGCUUUUAUUUACAGGCUCAUGGGAUCAAACAGUUAAGGUGUGGAAAAUCUCAGAAAAACGAUGCAUCGACUCAUUUGAGGCUCAUGAAGGUUGUGUUAGUGCAAUUGUGAUCAACCAAGAUGAUGGGUGUGUUUUCACCUCCUCGUCUGACGGCACAAUCAAAAUAUGGAGAAGGGUUUCAAGAGAAAGCUCAUAUAUUCUUAUGAUGAUACUUAAGUUUCAACCAUCUCCAAUCAAUGCGUUGGCUUUAAGCCAGUCUCCUAGUGUUUCCUUCCUGUAUUCAGGAUCAUCAGAUGGACUGAUAAACUUUUGGGAGAAGGAAACAGGUUCAGGUAGAUACAAUCAUGGGGGAUCCUUACAGGGUCAUCAUUUUGCAGUUCUUUGUUUAGUGACAAUAGAUGAUCUACUCCUAAGUGGUUCGGAGGAUGCAACUAUACGGAUAUGGAAGCGAGAUGAUGCUAAGUACUACUCCCAUUCAAGUCUUGUAGUGAUUGAUGGUCAUCAUGGGCCAGUGAAAUGUUUAGCUGCUGCUAUGGAAACCAAUGAAAGUGUUAAGGGCUUGUUAGUCUAUAGUGCCAGUCUAGAUCAAACUCUUAAGGUGUGGCAAGUCAAAGUUAACCCAGCGCACAAAACGAACUGGGAUAGAUCCAAAGAUGAAAACAGCAGUCAGAAAUUACAGAGUGCAAAGUGAGACCAGUGUAAUCACCUUUAUGGGUAUCGAAGAAGAUUGCGUUAGUGAUCCCCAACCAAGACUUGAAAUAAUAGAAUGAGCAGAAAGCCAACAAUUUUGUGUAGCAUACUCCUGCUCGAAUCUGUUUAUGGAUGCAUGCCUCUGAAUAAAGCAGCAAUAAACAAUAUUGAGCAAUUUUUAGUUAAUACAUCAUCUUGAACAAUUAUCAUACUCUCUAUUUAAAUUUUCUCAAGCAUUUGCGGGUUAAAAUAGAUGCGGGUACCAAUGAGUUUUUGUUGGUGGUACCUGCACCAUCUUCAAGUCUUCUUAAUCUAACAGAUAGGUGUCAUCUGCAUGACCAUUCAUCUGAACAAAAUCUGUACUUUCUGCAUAAUCCGUGGGACUUCAGAACAAUAUCCACCACCCAAACAAAAGCAACUCCUAGAAUAUCCUUUCCAAGUAAAUCCAAGACUUAACAACUGCCUUUGUUCGGGGCCUUGACCUC